AUGUCCAGCGACGCCGCGAAGCGCGCCGCAGCCCGCCGCGCCAAGAUCAUGGCGCGCGGCAACGCCGGUCUGGCCAAGCUCGCGCAGACCGCUAGAGGCGAGGAAGCGCAGAAGCUGUACGGCGACGAGAUUAACGCGCCCGUUGUUUCCACCAGCACCGACAAUGCUCCCUCGGCCACGGCAUCCACGACGGCAUCGGAGUCGCAGCCUACGCAGUCGGCCUCGGCGGCGACGACCUCGGCACCCAAACCCACGACCGCAACUUCUUCGUCGACUGCCCGCUCCAGCGACGCUGGACGAAGCCUGGCUCCUUCGACGGCCUCUAGGAACAAGCCGUCCUGGGCCGCUGACCCGACCGCUGCUAGUGGCGCGGUCACGCCCUCGGAGGCGGAAGACCAGGCUAGGCAGCAGAUGGAGGCUAUGAUGGCUAUGCUGGGCGGCGGACCCUCGGGCCCCGGAGGUGCCGGAGGGCAGGGCGAGAUGCCCGACAUGGCGUCGAUGUUCGCGCAGAUGAUGCAGGGCAUGCAGCAAGCGCAGGGCGGUGGUGCCGACGGCGAGAUGCCCAACCCCUUCGCGGCGCUGCAGGGUAUGGGCGGCGGGGCCGGUGGUAUGCCGCCCUUCCCCGGCAUGGGCGGCAUGGGUGGCAUGCCCGGUAUGCCUGGAAUGGAGCUGCCGCCGUCCAAGGCCGCGCGCCGCUUCCCCCUCCUCCAUGCGCUGGUCAUCAUUGCGCUCAUCGUCUUCAUCGCGGUCUGGUGGGAGCCCAACCUCCACAUGGUGCGUGCGGGCGAUCUCGCCGCGCGUACGGCUGGCGACUGGGCUAGGCGCUGGUCCGGACUCGCCGGCGCGGUUGGAAACACGAGCAUGGUUGAGAAGCUGCCCGUCUUCUGGGCCUUUGUGACCCUCGAAGUCCUCCUCUUUAGCACGCGCACAACUUUCAUCCGCAGCGGUAGCGGACUGCACCCGCUCCUCGCCAACUUUGUCCCGAUGCUGCCGCCCGCGGCGCAGUCAGCCGUCCGUGCUGCUGGCAAGGCGCUGCCCGCGCUCAUGCAGACGUACCGCGACGGAUGCCUGUUCUUCUUUGGACUGGGCAUGGCUGUUGUUGCGGCUGAGUGGAAGGCCGGAUACUUCAAGAAGGAUUGA